UCAUUUACGUGAAUAAUUUUGUAUUUCUAUUUCUAAAGAGUAAUUGGAUGCGUGUUCUGUUUUCUAAAUGAAUAGAACGAGGAAGACACCAACUUUGCUAUGUGGAUUAAUCGGGAUUUGUUUUAUUGAUAACAAACGAGCAAUGACCGAUGUUUGUUUCAAAAAUCAUAUCAUUUGCGUACAUACGAGGACAUCAAAAAUAUAAACUCCGGAAUUUUUGUUACCGUAGGCUUAUUCAACGAUAAUCAGAAAUUGACCUACAAGUGAGAGCUGAAUCACUCCCCCUAUGUUCUGCAGAUAACUAGUAGGACCUGGUUUAAAUUGGCUGUGAUAAGACCUCCGCGGUGAAUGUUUUCUGCUACAAAUUGGUGGUGAUUGUUUGCGGUUGCUGAAAUGGUACGCAUAGGCAUAGCUGCUGCGAAAAUGGUGCUUACCGAAGCAACUUCUGGCACAUUCAAUUAUUUUGCUUUCGGAAGCAAUCUUUUCUCGAAGCGUAUUCGCAUGGAAAGUCCCAGUGCCGUUAGGAAAGGAAUAGGCUAUCUCGAGGAUUACCGAUUAGACUUUUUUCACUACGCUGCACGAUGGCGAGGUGCACCAGCGACAAUUGUGGAGGACAAAGGUCACCGAGUAUGGGGAGCAAUUUGGGAAAUCAAUGUGGAAAAUCUUCCCGAUCUGGACAGACAGGAAGGGGUACAUAAUCAGGUUUAUAAGCCACUUGUGUUGCCUAUUUGCACCCCAUCGGGAGAUGUGCUUGACUGUCGCAUAUAUCAGCUAGUAAACAACCCCGUGAAACAUGAAGGUACGGAAGAUGAUCGACCAUUCGAGCGACAGCCGUCGAAAACAUACAUGAAUAUCAUCAUACGAGGAGCUAAAGAAUCCGAAUUACCGGCGGAUUAUGUCGAAAUGUUGGAAUCUAUCAAGCACAACGGAAACUCUGGCGACCCACACUUUGAAAUAGACCUGGCUGUACAGGAUAAAUUACCCUAGAUGUGAUAAUCGAAAUUAAGUUUUGUAAGGAGUACCUACGGCAAUUGAUUUAAAAUCAAUUAACUACGCAUAGCGGCGAUAGAUUCAUAAAUAAAUCUCAUUCAUAAAGUUUGUAA